GUCCCCGCCGUCGGGGCGAAGUCCGCGGGCUCUGUGGCGGCGGCGGGGCCGGGGAUGCAGCUCCCGGCGGGGCCGGGCGCCCUGGCCGCCCCCCUGCUCUCCAUCCCCGUGGCCUUCGGCAUCACCGGCGCCACCGCCCUGGCGGACAACCCCCCACUGCUGGUGCUGACGGUGACCCUGGUGCUCCUCGGCCUCUUCUCCCUCAUCCUCCUCGUCGGCGGCGUGAGCCACUUCCAGGACCCCCUGUUCUGUGUGUUCGUGGUGUUCUCCUUCGUCUCCGGCGUCGACCUCAUCAUCGCCCUGGAGGAGGACGGGUUCAUCUCCGGCUUCAUGGAGCUCUAUGUCAGAGAGGGCGAGCCCUACCUGCGCACGGCCCACGGGAUCAUGAUCUGUUACUGGGAUGGCGUCGUCCACUACGGGCUCUACCUCACCAUGGUCAUGGCCAUCGGCCACAGGAAGAACUACAGGAACCUGGGGCUCUUCUGGCUGGGCUCGCUGCUGAUGAGCGUCGUGGUCUUCCUGCUGGGGAACAUGAUCGGGAAAUACAGCUCCGAGCUCAGCCCCUCCUUCCUGCUCAACCUGCCCUACAUCCUCCUCCUCCUCUGGGCCGGGGCGAGGCUGUUCCAGCAGCCCAGGGAGCCGCUGCUCCUCAGCCCCGAGAAGGUGGCGGAGGAGCAGCGCAAACCCCUGUACCGGCGGCCCCAGGACGCGGCCCUGGUGCUGGUGCUGCUGCUCAUGGCCUCGUUCACCUUCUUCAGGGGGAUGGUGGUUCUGGACUGUCCUGCCGACUCGUGCUUCGAGUACAUCUACCAGCACGAGCCGUACCUGCGCGACCCCGUCGCCUACCCCAAAGUGCAGAUGCUGAUCUACAUGUUCUACGCCCUCCCCUUCUUCCUGCUCUGCAUCUACGGGCUGGUGCUGCCCGGCUGCUCCUGGCUGCCCGACUGGAGCCUGGUGUUUGCCGGGGCCGUGGCACAGGCUCAGUUCUCCCACCUGGGCUCGUCGCUGCACGCCCGGACCCCCUUCCCCUACCAGACCCCCGACGACGUCCUGUGGAGCUUCCUCCUCUCCAACAUCCUCUACGCGCUGGGCCCGCAGCUCCUGGUGCUCCGCUGCCUGCGCUGCCCCGCCUUCUUCCUGCCCCCCGCUCCUGCCGGCCUGCUCCGGGCAAAGAAACACCAGUGACGGGGCCUGCCCGGCCCGGGGGGCUGCUCUGCCCACCUUGGGGGCUGCUCUGCCCACCUUGGGGGCUGCUGUGCCCACCCUGAGGACUGCUGUGCCCACCUUGGGAACUGCUGUGCCCACCCUGGGGGCUGCUGUGCCCACCUUGGGAACUGCUGUGCCCACCCUAGGGACUGCUGUGCCCACCUUGGGGGCUGCUGUGUCCAGCCUGGGGGCUGCUGUGCCCACCCUGAGGGCUGCUGUGCCCACCCUGGGGACUGCUGUCCCCCCCCGGGGGCUGCUGUGCCCACCCUGGGGGCUGCUGUGUCCAGCCUGGGGGCUGCUGUGCCCACCUUGGGAACUGCUGUGCCCACCCUGGGGGCUGCUAUGCCCACCCUGGGGGCUGCUCUGCCCGGUGCCCCCAUCCUGCUCGAGGAGCCCCAGAGCAGUGGGACCCAGAGAUGUCCCAGAGGGGCUGCCAGAGGUGUCCCCAGGGGUGCUCUGGGGGUCCCCCGGUGUCCCCAAAGGCUGUGGGGACCCCCGGAUGCUCUACAGCGACGUUGUGGCUGCAGCCACAGCCCUGCCCGUGCCCAGGGGGGUCUCACUGGUGGGGGUCUCCCCUCCCGGCGGGUCCCGGGGGUCCGUGGGUGCCCUGUCCCACCCCGGCCACGCCGGGAGGACUCGGGAGGGGGGGCAGUGCCAGGAAAACACUGUUUACAAAAUAAAGGAGCCAAGGGUCGUUCCGGA